AUGCCCGCAAACAGCCCUACCCCCUUCUCACCGAGCACGCGCACACGUGCACACACACAAAUAUGGCGGCCUCUGUUUCACCGCUACGCUCCUCCUUCAGGAUUUGUUGCCCAUUAACGUUACAGCACCACUGCUGCCGGGCCAAAUUGCGGAUGCACAGAAAAUGCGAGAUUCAGCGAAGACGUCUACACGAGUCGGCGACGAGGUACGCUGCAGUGGUAAUUUCAGGGACAGAACUGGCCCGUCAGCUCCACAGAGAAAUCCAACGUGAUGUGGAAGAACUGGUAGCUCAGGGCAACAUGAGACCCCACCUGGGAGUGGUCUUAGUGGGGGACGACCUGGCCAGUCGUACCUAUGUUAGGAACAAGACCCGGGCAGCCAACAUCCUGGGAAUUUCCAGUGACACAGUCGUGCGGCCUAGCUCAGUCUCCCAAGAGGACUUGCUGGAGCUGAUUGACCAGAUGAACCGUGACUGGAGGGUCAGCGGCCUGUUGGUGCAGUUGCCACUUCCCGAGCACAUCAAUGAGCGAGCAGUGUGUAAUGCCAUCGCUCCAGAAAAGGAUGUGGAUGGCUUCCAUAUAGUGAAUAUUGGGAAGCUGUGUCUGGACCAGAGAUCCAUGGUGCCUGCCACACCUGCAGCUGUCUGGGAGAUCAUCAAAAGAGCAGGUAUUGAGACAGUGGGAAGGAAUGUGCUGGUUGCCGGCCGCUCCAAAAAUGUUGGAAUGCCCAUCGCGAUGUUGCUGCAUACUGAUCGCAACCAUGAGCGUCCAGGGGGCGACGCCACAGUAACCAUUGCACACAGAUGUACACCAAUGGAACGGCUGAAGGAGCUCACCAGUCUGGCCGAUAUCAUUAUUGCAGCUGCAGGUGUUCCCAGGCUGAUCACAGCAGAUAUGAUUAAAGAGGGCGCAGCAGUCAUUGACGUGGGCAUAAAUCGCAUCCAGGACCCAAAUACGGGGAAACUCCGGCUCAUUGGUGACGUGGACUUUGAGGGAGUGAAGGAGAAGGCAGGUUUCAUCACUCCAGUCCCCGGAGGCGUGGGUCCGAUGACAGUCGCCAUGCUGAUGAAGAACACUGUGACUGCUGCUAGAAACGCACUGAUUCAUUAACCUCAGAUACAGUACAAAGCCAUUUGUUUUAAUCAAUGCAGUUCAAAAGAUACGCAUACAAACACACACAUACAUCUUCCCAAACAUCUAACGCACUUUUAUUUAAAAUCCAUGAGCUGGGAAACUUACUUGAUAUGUUGUGAAUUUGUUCAUGUAUUUAUCUAAGUUAUUUGUUUCAGAGUUCAUUUUCUAAGAGUUCAGAUAUUUUUUCUACUGAAAUUGUUUUGGUUCAUUUUUUAACAUUCCAGAUUUCCUGGAAAAGGAAGAUUAAAUAAACUCUGCUGUGCCAACAUUA